UACUGGUAAGAUGAUUAUUUUUGUAACUGAAAGUAAAUAGGGAGAUUGAAGUAGUGGGUAGAGUGAUUGUGACUAGAGUUCGGAUCUCAUCAAAGAUGGAGCUAUUGGUCGCAGGUUUGGCAUACAUUGCACCAGCAGUGCCUAGUGUGGUUUCGACCGUGGGAGGCUGGAUCGGAUUCAGCGCAGUAGGCCCAGUUGCCGGGUCCGUAGCGGCUGGACUGCAGUCGGCUGCCGGGGCAGUAGCUGCCGGGUCGGCGUUCGCGGUCGUGCAGUCAACCGCCAUGACGACUGCUGCCAUAUCCAGCACGACUGCGGCUGGAGGAGCUGUCGGUACAGCGGCUGCAGCCGGAGCUGCAGUUGUAGCUCUACUUUAGUUUUAAGCAACAUUGUUAACAUGUUUCAAAUGAAUAAAGAAUAAAGAAAAUAUAAAAAAAAUUUCUAACUGAAAAUAAAGAUUAAAUUUUAGAAAAAUUAUAAAAA